AUGCUUGAUGAAGCUCACGAGCGGACAAUUCACACUGAUGUGCUGUUUGGUCUUCUGAAGAAGCUGUUGAAACGCAGGCUUGACCUUCGUUUGAUAGUCACGUCUGCCACAUUGGAUGCAGAGAAGUUCUCUGGGUAUUUCUUCAACUGCAACAUUUUCACAAUCCCUGGAAGAACCUUCCCUGUUGAGAAACUCUACACCAAACAGCCAGAAACCGAUUACUUGGAUGCAGCUCUCAUCACAGUUCUUCAGAUCCACUUGACUGAACCAGAGGGUGACAUUCUUGUUUUUUGA